GUGAACACAAAUGCACUUUAUUUAAACACUAUUCACUCAAGUAUAAAAUUUUAAUCAACAGAUUACCUUAUUACUCUAAAAGACCUACAACACGGAGAAAAGACUACAGGACCAACUUUUACGUGAAUAGAAUAUUGAACUUUAAGAAAACUAAAGCUAGAAUCACUCAUCGGACCAAGGAACUUACAAAACAGUAUUUUCUAAGGUAAAUACAUAAAGGUACACACUAUAAACAUAGCAUGACGUGCUAUAGUUAAAUUGUAUUAGUUUAGUACAUACCUACUAUGUGUAUGCGACACAAAUCUAUUUUUAGCAGGAAUAAACACACAUCAAUAACUAAUAAGCACACUGUCACGGAUAAUACAUUGUCGAACAUUGAUAUAAAUAAAUCAUCAACAAAAACAAUAGAAGAGAUAAUGCAAAAGUUAAAAGAAAGUUCUUCUUACAUGGUGGAAAAAUAUGAAAAUAAAAAUAUAUCAAGGUUGUUGGAAAAUAUCUCUAAUAUGAAAUACAAUCAAAGCUUGUACAGACUUUCUGAUUUGGAAUCUAUUGUUUCCCAACACAAUAAAGUAAAAAAUGUUACAAAACAAAUAGGUGUAUUUACAAGAAGACCUCUGCAAUCGUUUAGUUUCACUACCAAAAACAUUAAACAAUUCCUUAAAUCUACGAGGACGUCAACAUCAUCAUUAGCUUCUACGAGUGAUGCUUACAGUGGUAUGACAAAUAGCUCAGAAAAUGAAAUGGGAAUCAGUACGAACGUGUAUAACCUAACGUUUAGCAGUACUAAUAAAAACAAUAUUACAACAAGAAAUGAACAAAAUACAGACCAGACACCGUCGUCGAUUGUUUAUGAAACUAUCACAGUCAAUAAAACUACUGAAAGUGUUGCAUUGGGAAUAAUUUCAACACAUGGAACCAAACCAGCAACAGGAACAAUGGUGGAUCACGAAUCGUGGGAAAACGUGGUGCAGGCUGCCCCCGUGAUGGCCGUGCUACUAAAUCAAACUGUUACGGAUACUCUGGCCAACUACACGGGAAACACUACUCAUGACACAACUGAUGCUGCCUCCAAACUUAAUGGCACGCGAAUAAAGCGCAAAAUUCAGCCGAUUCCAAUAGAGAACGCGCGGCCACACAAUCUCACCACUAAAGAGGUCAAUACUACCACUCCCAUCGUCUCCUACGACAUCUCAGACCGGCAGGAGGCCCUACAGUUGGUCGAAUUGCAAGACGACGAGCUCUACGAGCGCCGAGCAAUGAGAUAUUUGCGCAAGUACGUGGGCCCGGUGAUGUUCAACAUCUGUGACUACGGAGAGCCCAAGGCGAGGCAUGUCUACCUGUUCAACGCCUCCAAAAUUGUGUUGGCUAUCACUAAUUUCACGUUGGAGCGUAUGACCGUGAUGUUGACGCCCGCCAAUACUUUGCUGAGCGGAAACUCACGCUGCUCCUCGGGCAGCUUGGAGUGCCAGGUGUACGGGACUAGGAUCUGUAUCGACUCUAUGAACGCCUGCGAUGGAGUGCCUAAUUGUGGGGCUUAUGACAUCUACGAUGAAGACAGGCUUAUGUGCGGGGCAGCAGUAGGGCUCCAACACAACGUGUACUUGGCGGCCGUCACCUUCUUAGCCGUGUUGCUGACUAUGAUGUACACAGUGCACUACUGGCUCAGGCGAUGCGUGCCCAAAGUUUCAGAAGCGUUUUUCAUCUACACUGAUGGAGCGGAAAACAUAUUAUACUUGGAUUCAAUAAUGAGAUCUCCUCAUGACAUUUACAUGGGACCUAAGAUGGCUUAUCAGGAACCACUAUUUGGUGAUAUUGAUUAUUUAAGCCCAGACACAGUCGAAAAACCUCGGAAAAAUGUACUAUACAGAAUAAUAUAUGCCUGCUUCAACUGUUGCAAGCGUAAGCGUAGAGCAAAUAAGCUAUCCGAAAUCAUAGAUGAGCCUUUUUAUCGGCCCAAAGAGAAGUAUUCAUUCAUGGAACUUGAAUUAAGCAAAAUGAACCAAGAAACAACAACUGUGGCUGUACAAACUGGAGAUAGCUUAGAAAUACCACGAGCAGAAACAAAGAAGAUAACACCUCAAUUUAAAUCUCUCCCUGAUCAACCAAAAGAAUGUCGCCGCAUGGCAAAAGUGGCUGUAUCAUCAGACGAGGAUCUUCAUAAACACAUUAGUGAGUUGAACAUGUUAAGGUUGUUCAAAGAGUUCAAGUCUGAUAAAGGAGCAUCAGCUUCGAUUGCUGCCAUGACACGUGACUCUUGUGAAACAGCAAGUAUUUUAGUCCAAAAAACGAGUUUCGAAGAAGAAGAGCUGCAGUCACAUUAUUACGAUACCCGUGCUAGCGACAAGCCAGGGCCUUCGCGUGGAGUGAUCCCAACUACUACUGACAAACAUUCUAAAAGAGCAAAGGUAAAAAAAUCUGCAAAAAAGCAUCUCCGAUUUGAACCAGAAACUACGACGAUCCCUUCAUUCAUUGAUGAGGAUGAUGAUGAGGAUUAUGAGGGAUCAAACAUCAUUUCACUAGAUAAAAAAAAGAAAACCCAAGAUGUAGAUAAGCUUGAUACUCCACACAGUACUGGAGGAGGGAGAGACUUUAAACGCUUCUGGAAAAGCAAGAAGAUAAAAAAGAAAACACAUCUUUCAUUGCAUACGAAAUAAAUAGAAUUGAAUAAUG